CCCGCGAGGGACGGACAGGAAGAGGGCCAGGGGGGGACGCCAGAACCCAGGACCGCAGCACGGAAACGGCCCGGGCUGGCCUGCCAGCAGAUCCGGCGAUGGAGGGAGCCGGAGAAGAGGAGUGAGAGGCCGGGGAGGCAGGCCCUGCUGACCUGGAGGCGGGCAGCCUGCUGGCAGUGAAGGACCAGGCCACCCAGGAAAGAAAGGGAUCAGGAGGUCGAGCUGAGACGUUUCAAGCUCAGACUCGUUGCGCUGAAGCCAGGCUCUGGCUAGUUCAGGGCUCGGGCCUGUUUCGGGUUUUCGACCAGGAAACAAAAUCAAUCCUCUAGUGGGAAGAGUGAAUGAGUCAGAGCCCGAGUCAGGACAGGGCAGAAACCCCCAAGCCAAGUUAGGGGUAGGAGCAAAGCCCUUUAGAGCAGCUCCCGCAGUAAGACGGGCAGGGGGCUUCAGAGCCUCCCACAGUGGAGUGGGAUUGGCGAGCUAGACGCUUGUAGAUCGAAGGUUGGAUUGGGGAGGGGUCUCUGGGACGUUGGCUUGCUGAGCAAGGAUUGGGGGGAUUCAAGUGCUUAGAGAUCGAAUUCAGGCCUUGGGCAGGGGGAGUCAGACAAUUGGAAAGCCUAGGUGGUUAUUUGGGGAGGGGUCUUUGCGUUUUGCGGAGUGCAGGGCUGCGCCUUUUGGUACUGCGGCCUGGGAUCUUGUCAAGAGAGGCAUCUGUUCAAGGGAGGGCCAGCUAGGCCAGACCAAGCGAAAGAAAGUGAAUAAACUGGACUCCAAGUGGGUCGGGGGGACCCUGAGCGGGGGGUCACAAAGGGUGAGACAUGGCCACCAGGCGUUUAACCGACGCUUUCUUGUUGUUGCGGAAUAAUUCCAUCCAAAACCGGCAGCUGUUAGCCGAGCAAGUGAGUAGUCACACCACCUCCAGCCCUCUGCAUUCACGUAGCAUUGCUGCGGAGCUGGACGAGCUUGCCGAUGACCGUAUGGCACUGGUGUCAGGCAUUAGCUUAGAUCCAGAAGCAGCCAUUGGCGUAACAAAACGAUCACCUCCGAAAUGGGUGGAGGGAGUAGAUGAAAUACAAUAUGAUGUUGGCCGAAUUAAACAGAAGAUGAAAGAAUUAGCCAUCCUUCAUGACAAGCAUUUAAACAGACCCACCCUGGACGACAGCAGCGAGGAGGAGCAUGCCAUUGAAAUAACCACCCAGGAGACCACACAGCUCUUCCACAGGUGUCAGCGUGCAGUGCAGGCCCUGCCCAGCAGAGCCCGAAGGGCCUGCUCAGAUCAGGAGGAGCGAUUGCUGCGGAAUGUCGUGGCCUCCCUGGCACAGACCCUGCAGGAGCUGUCCACCAGCUUCCGGCAUGCACAGUCCGGCUACCUCAAACGCAUGAAGAAUCGAGAGGAAAGAUCCCAGCAUUUUUUUGACACAUCAGUACCACUAAUGGAUGAUGGAGACGGUAAUGCUCUGUAUGAUCGGGGUUUCACGGAGGACCAGCUCGUGUUGGUGGAGCAGAAUACACUGAUGGUGGAGGAGCGGGAGCGGGAGAUCCGCCAGAUUGUGCAGUCUAUUUCUGACCUGAAUGAAAUCUUUAGGGACUUAGGAGCCAUGAUUGUAGAGCAGGGUACGGUCCUUGAUAGGAUUGACUAUAACGUUGAACAGUCCUGUAUCAAAACCGAAGAUGGCUUGAAACAGCUUCACAAGGCAGAACAGUACCAAAAGAAGAAUCGGAAGAUGCUUGUGAUUUUAAUAUUGUUUGUCAUCGUCGUUGUCCUCAUUGUUGUCCUCGUUGGUGUGAAGGCUCGCUAGUGGCCUUGGGCUCGCUGUGCGCCACCUCAUGGAUUCCCCGUGUGGGGCUCAGCCUGCACCCCCAGCCGCGCGCCGAGGUGCGGCCAGCGGGCAGCGAGGCUUUCGGUAGAUUCUUCCUCGCUGUCGUGCUCAAGUGAGGGGAAGGGGGCCUUUGUUUUUGUUUUCCAUCAUUGUCGAGUCUUUAAGGACCUUUGAUACUGUUGCAGAAUAGAGAUUGGUUCUGUGAUCAACUGUAAUAUAUAUAUUUUUUAGAAAGUGAAGAUGAGUUGAAAGUUUACAGGCACUGCGAAGCUGUUCGGUGUUAAAUGUGUGUAUGCUAUUUUUUUAGCAUUUAUGUCUGAGCAGCAUGUUAAAAUAAUUUUUGGAAAAAAUUUUAAACCAUUUGGUUUUUAAGAAAUUUGGUACCAAAAAUUUAUGAGUAGAGGCAAAAAUGCCUCUUCAUUUUUCUCUAUAUAUUUUCCAGUUGAAAACAAACUAAGAAGUCCUUUCAGAAUUUAUAAUCCGUUCCCCAUUAACUUAAUUUAGCUUUUCCAUCACUGUUAAUGAUCAGAGUAACAAAGUGUGAAAAAUAAGAAACCAUCAUUGAUGUUAAUUAACACAUAUAGAUGGGCCAGUUAAAACAGCUUCAUGAGUUUAAAUUAAUUGUAAAUAGAGUAUUCCUCAUUUAAAAUUUUUGCACUGCAUUUCUACUGUAUACCAAAAGGGGUUACCAAGAAAAACCAUCUAAAUUUAAAAGUUGGUGAUUUGCACCAACCUCACAUUAAAGGGAAGCUUGACGGUGUCACAAAAGUCACCAGAUUGAGCAAGUGUGUCUCUGGGUGUCCCCAGCCACCCCUACUCAAUCCACUGCUUAUAUACUAACUACAUAAUGACCUGUUCAAACCAGACUCCAUUUAAUGAACUGUGAAUUUACACAGAGGCCAUUUUAAAUGGGUCACCCCAUUUAGGAUUAGUGGAUCUCAAAUUAUUAACCAAACAUCACUCCAUUUCAGAGUAAAAUAUUCCACCAGUGACUUGAUUUAUUGGCUCUCCCAUUGCCCUUAACAGUGCCCAGAAAGUAGGCACACUCCUGAGGGUGGUGACAGUCCCGGCUAGAAAAUCCUGCACUUACGUGAGCGUGGAUCAGAUUGCCAAAGCCGGACUUUGUCGUUUACCUAUCUAUUAUCACUAUUAUGGUGCUUGAGUUUAUUCUUGGAACUGUAAUGUGGGAAGUGAUGAUAGCUUUGAAAACUGAAGUUGUUCAUGUUUCAUUUGCCCUGUUUGAAUUGAUACCAGUACAAUUUUGGUGGCUUUUGUGUAAUUUUUGAUGGCUUUUUCAUUGUUUCUCCUUCUCUUAAAAAAUUUAAGAAGAGCAUGACCCCAUUAAGUGUGUAACAUUUUAUUUAGGCCAGUCAUAUAUAAACGGCCUCUUCAAGAAUUGCUUUUGAAGUGGCUUCCAGAAACUUCCACUCAAGUCACCUAAACAGACUAUGUCUUACCCCCAACCCCUGCCCAGGCUUCCCACCUUGUGUCCACCUCCGGGCAGCCUCCUGUUUUCUCGCUGCUGCAGGCUGAGGAACACUGAGAAUCCAGAGGUGUGCCCGGCAUUCCUUGGUGGACACUGGUUAGGAAACCAUAGCUGAGGAGUCAUGUCCUCCCUCAUCACCUCUGAAGGACGGGACCCACAGAGUCCCAGCUGGUUUUAACCCUGUGGUGCAGUCAUUUAGACCAGCCGCUCCUUGGAGUGGGACUGUUUUAGGGAACUUGCCUGAAAAACAAUUCAUGGAGAUCAUGCUGGAUAAUUGUUAAAAGCUUUUGAAAAUGCUGAGUCUUACCAACCCUCGAAGGAAAUUAACCCUUUAAGAAAGGACCACCAUUUAUUUAUAUUUAUUUCCCCAAAUAGGGUAAUUUGGGUUGCUUCCCCCCACAACCCAUUCAGGUAACAAUGGAUCUGAUUAGAAAUUGUUUGGGGACUCUUGUGUGCGGGUGGGGGUACUGUCCUCUUCAGUCUGAAGCUCAUACAGUGCUGGCCAAGCCCCAGCUGUCUGCUACAGUGACCGGUGCCGCGGGAUGGGAGAUGGAAAGGCCAGCCUGGAGCUGGCCCCAGAGCCCAUGCCUGACUUGUUGGGGUCCUUAAAUCACUGUAUUUUUCUCUUGAGCCUGUAUUUCGGGGAAGAUCAGUAGCAUUUGAGAAAGUAAAGGAAAAUUGAUAAUCAUGUCCUGGUACCUCAGGGUAAUUCUUUCCCUCUGAAAGAGAUGGAUUCCUUGGCCUGCCCAUGGUCAUGCCCUUUAGUCCCUGCUGGGCUGUGGAGGUGACAAUCAUCCAGGCCAGACUACCCACUGGCCUGGGAAGCACCCUCCAGAAGGAGGCCUUGCCCGGGAGGGCUUGCUCGGGGCACCUGGGCCUAGCCCCAGAGCCCCUGCCCCUUUCCCAGUGUCCUGGCUGGCUCCUGUGAGUGCAGCGGGGAAGAAAAGCAGAAAUGUUAAUGUCAGUUUUGCAAAGCUCCUGAUCUUUCCCCAGAUUGUAACUGAAAACUGCUGUCUGUCAUUUUGUUCUGGGGUGGGGGGUUGCUGGCUAGGCCAUGUUGUGUGAAGCCGUGUGUGUCUCUAAUUUAACGGAUUUACCGCUUUCUCUGCUAAUUGAGAGAGCAUUAUUUAUUUGUUUUGACACAAGUGCUUGCAGUGUUUUAUCCCAGCUAAUGGCUUCUUAAAGGUAAUAAAACCCUUCAACCUAAUUGGUCAGAUAAGACUUUUUUUCUUGUAUGCUUAAAUAAAGCAAUUAGUGAAGCGCUUCUACCCAAAAUGACUUUUUUUUGUCCUUUUUAAAAAAUUAAUUUACUGUUACUGGAAACUUUUGUACAAUAAAGCAAUCAAGCAGAUUAAAGAACA